AAGGCUUGCACGGAGCCAGGAGGCAACACAUAAUAAGCCUAGGCUGCCAGCGCCCAGCUGCCUGCAGGCUUAUUUUCUAUUCACUGCCUCCAACUGUGAGUCACCAUGGAACCAGAACCAGGCGAUGAUUAUCUGCGCAGAAUUGCGACAUUCAUCAGAAACAAUGACAAGGGCCUCGCAGAAGCUGGUUUCGUCCGACGAAGGCGUAUACAGCGUCGGCAUUCUACUAAUAAUACUUCUGUCUUCAAUCUCGCUGGUUGGUUUUCUUAUGACUCUACGGCACAAUCACCUGCUCCUCCGAAACCUGUCACAUUCGCUAUCGAUGCGCACAGGCUGUUCUAUGUCCUUAUGCGCUUGGAGGCGCUCGGAAUUGACAUUGGAUCAUUAGAUGUGAGGGUCGACAACCCCUCAAAGCCAAUGCACUAUACGCACAUUGACAUUGAACCCCAAAGCAUUGAUGCGGAGCUCAAGUAUAUUUACAGCUCUUUUACAAAGCUUCCUGCACUUUCCAUUAGGGCACCAGGUCCUAAAGUCAUCGCCGAGCUUGCAGAUGAACCACCCAAUCAGAACGCACUCCCACUUGAUGCGUUCAAGAAUCUUCAGACCCUGGAGUGCGUCGACAUAGAUCCACGGACAUUGCUUGGUGGCCUGGAGGACGUCACUGAUAUCUUCAUUGGUGCCGUGUUGGACGAUCAAGCUCGGAGAGAUGGCACCACGAGCGACCUAAGAAGCAGACACAUACUCCGUAGACAACGCUCCUUCCAGAGUACUCGCCUGCCUGAGUCUGUUCCCGAGGACGAUGAAGACGACUUGACGCCUCCCGUGCCUUCACCUGCUGCUCCACUCUCGCCCUAUAAAUGGUCAUUAUUGAAACACUUGUCGCUGGCGGAUAAUGCUCUCACUUUUCUUCCCACCGACCCAUUACCAUACCUCACUUCCCUCACCCAUCUCGACCUGUCGUCUAACCUUCUUGUGUCUGUCCCCCAUGGUAUUGCCACGCUCCACAACCUCGUCUCCCUAAACCUCUCCGAUAACAUGAUUGAUUCAGUCCUUGGUAUUUACACCCAUCUUGGUCAAGUUCUUAACAUCAAUCUCUCCCGCAAUCGCCUCGAAUCUAUCUGUGGCUUAGAGCGUCUUAUGGCGCUGGAGCGCGUCGACUUACGCUCCAACCACAUAGAGGAGAGUGCUGAAAUUGGACGGUUAGCAACACUACCCAACAUUGUGGAGGUCUGGAUUGAGGGAAACCCGCUCACCGAGUACGAGGACAAUUACCGCACCACAUGCUUUGAGCUUUUCUGGAAGGAGGACAAGAACAUCAGGCUUGAUGGGUCAUCACCAGGAUUUUAUGAGAAGCGGUCUCUCACUACACUGCCCGACCAGCCGUUAUCAGCGAACCCCGUCGAGACUCUCCCCUCUCCACCCGUUGCACCAGUAGGCAGUCCGAAGGUGCCUUCUUCAACGGGGACACAUAAUGUUAUGGGUACUCCGCUAUCGGCCCCCUCGUCACCCUCCAGUGGUUCUCCUCUGCUAACAGGUGCUGUUGCGAGAAAGGCGAGAAAGCGCAAGGUCAAGCGCAUCGUUGACCUGACCCCAAUGGAUGGAACAGAUGGACAGUCUUGUUCCUCCAAUAAAGCAACAGCAGGGGUCUCUGUUCGCCCUUCGAGCCUGCUGCGCCAACCACCUGCCAGCGUUCGUAUACCACGCCCACAUGCGACGAAUGGCAAGUUGGGACAUCGAAGAGUGAGCACGGUGUUUGAGCCACCAGAUGAGGGCCAGAGUCAGAGUCAGAGUCAGAUACGGGAUGCAGAGCUCUAUCGAGCGCGGAUGCAAGCUCUACGCUCUGACAUGGGAGAUGGGUGGUUGAAGGUAUUCAGCCAGAGUCAGACGCCAUCACCGAGAGUUGCUGCGGGUUAGACCUUCAGGCGCUUCAUAGGUAUUCCUGUCAUGCUGGUGAUUUAGUAGGAUAUACCCAUCUUGACCGCAUGUAUUCAUCCUGGACCAUUUGCAUUGUACUUCCGCUUCAUAUCGCUAAUAAUAUUGUUACACGGGUCGUGGUCGCAUCAUAUUUAAAGUUCUUC